GGGGAAGAAGACGUUAUCAGGUGAAAAGCAGUGCCUAGUGUUUGUUUUCGAAAAAGAGAACUACUGUGUGACCGUUGGCGUUAGGCCCGCCUCCUCGCCUGUUCUCAACUAGGUCCUGUCGAGUGUGGAUAAAUAGGUGGGCGCUGCGCGAGAAAUUCUAUUGAGCAGCUUGACUACGAGAGCAGCAUCAUGUCUGGCAGAGGCAAGGGUGGUAAAGGACUCGGCAAAGGAGGCGCUAAGCGUCACCGCAAGGUGCUUCGCGAUAACAUCCAGGGGAUCACCAAGCCGGCUAUUCGCCGUCUGGCUCGCCGUGGUGGUGUAAAGCGUAUUUCUGGUCUGAUCUAUGAAGAGACUCGCGGUGUGCUGAAGGUGUUUUUGGAGAACGUGAUCCGCGACGCCGUUACCUACACCGAGCAUGCCAAGAGAAAGACCGUGACCGCUAUGGAUGUGGUGUACGCCCUGAAACGCCAGGGACGCACCCUGUACGGGUUCGGCGGUUAAACGCUCUAACAACGAACGACGCGAACACAACGGCUCUUUUAAGAGCCACCCACAUGUCUAGAAAAAGAGCUGUUCCGUGUGGAAAAAAA